AUGGAUGAGGUACAACCACACUGUCACAAUGGGCACACGCUUUGUUCGACCUGUAAAACACGUGUGGAGAAUAGGUGUCCAACAUGCAGACAAGAGCUUGGUGAUAUAAGGUGUCUUGCAUUGGAGAAAGUGGCUGAAUCCCUUGAAUUCCCAUGCAAAUACUUCCCACUUGGGUGCCCUGAGAUCUUCCCAUAUUACAGCAAGCUUAAACACGAACUCAUCUGUAAUUUUAGGCCCUACACCUGUCCAUAUGUUGGAUCCGAGUGCUCUGUUGUUGGGGAUAUUCCAUUCCUAGUCACUCAUUUGAGAGAUGAUCAUAAAGUGGACAUGCAUUCCGGAUGCACUUUCAAUCAUCGUUAUGUCAAGUCCAAUCCACGCGAAGUUGAAAACGCCACCUGGAUGCUUACGGUGUUCAACUGCUUUGGGCAAUAUUUUUGUCUGCACUUUGAGGCAUUCCAGCUGAGCAUGGCACCAGUAUACAUGGCAUUUGUGAGAUUCAUGGGAGAUGAAGAAGAUGCAAGAAACUACAGUUACAGUUUGGAGGUGGGAGGAAAUGGAAGGAAGCUGAUUUGGGAGGGGACACCAAGGAGCAUUAGAGAUGGAUAUAGGAAGGUGCGUGAUAGCCACGAUGGUCUCAUCAUACAGAGGAACAUGGCUCUCUUCUUCUCUGGUGGUGAAAGGAAAGAGCUUAAACUCAGGGUUACAGGCAGGAUUUGGAAAGAACCUCCUAACCCUCCUGAUGCUGCUGGAGGACCUUGUGUUCCUAAUCUUUACACUUAG